CGUAUUGCUCAUGCAAUUAUUUAGCUGAAAUCCAAUUGAAAUCAAAACAUUUCAAACAAAAAAUAAAUUUUGUUCGUAAAACCGACUUAAUAACUGGAAAUCUAAGGAAUUUUAGUACUAACAUUACUGAAUGGCAGGUGCAUAAAUUUCGGUGCUAUUUGGUCUUCAAAAACUCUAAGAUAGCUAGCGAAACGCGUGGUAAAAGCAUCCCAUAGGAAACCAAUACCACAUUGAGAUAAACAAACAUGGAACCACUAGAACCAGAUGUUAUUACCACCCAAACCAAGGAGCUCACGGCAGCGGAGAAGCAAAAAUUGGAAGACCAAAACAAACGUGGUUUUGUGCCCGAGUUCAAGGCCAACAAGCUGGAGAUAGAUGCCCAGAGGAACUGGGAUAUAUUCUACAAGCGGAACGAGACUCGCUUCUUCAAGGAUCGCCACUGGACGACGCGGGAGUUCCAGGAGCUACUGGACCAGGAGGCGUCGGGCGACAAACGAACCCUUUUCGAAGUGGGCUGCGGAGUGGGCAACCUGGUGUUCCCGCUGCUGGAGGAGCAAACCAGCGAGGAUGGUUGUUUCACUAAUGGUAGAUUCUACUUCUAUGCCUGCGACUUUUCACCCCGAGCCGUGGACUUUGUGCGCUCCAAUCCGCUGUACGAUCCAGCCCAGAUAACCGCCUUUCAGUGCGACAUCACGACGCAACAGGUGCACGAGCACAUCCCAGCCAGCAGCCUGGACGUGUGCACCCUCAUCUUUGUGCUCUCCGCCAUACAUCCACAGAAGUUCCGGGAGGUCGUGCAGAACCUGUGGAAGCUACUCAAACCAGGAGGACUGGUGCUGUUCAGAGAUUACGGGCUGUACGACAUGGCGCAGUUGCGCUUCAAGCCAGGCAACAAGAUCGCCGAGAACCUCUACGUGCGGCAGGAUGGCACUCGCAGCUACUUCUUCUCGGAGGAAGAGGUAUCUCAGCUCUUCCAGGAAAACGGCUUCGAGGUACUCAGCAAUGCCUACGUCCACCGACGAACGCUCAAUCUCAAGGAAGGCGUGGAUGUGCCGCGCAUCUUUCUGCAGGGAAAGUUCAGAAAGAAGCACCUCUGACCAACACAAACCAAGGAUCAUUGUUACGUAUUUAGUUGUUGUAUUUAUUUUAAAUCAAUAACAUGGUUCAAGUCAACGUUCAAUAAAUAUUUGUAUGUAUAUAUUAGUUUA